AUGUUGAAGCUUUCGUGCAAUGGUCUGGACCGGGUUCACUCCCUCGCCCAAUGCGGGUUUUCCGCCCGCCCCGCCUGCGUGGGCCCUCGCCGGAGGAGGAGUGGUAUCGCCGGGUUCCGGUCACCCGGCAUCAGGGCAUUUCCUGUGGUGGCGGUCGUGUCGGACAGGGACGGCGCGGUGGCGAGCCGGGUGGAAGCGGAGGCUGGGACGCUGGCGGACCGGUUGAGGCUGGGGAGCUUGACGGAGGAUGGGUUGUCUUAUAAGGAGAAGUUCAUUGUGAGGAGCUAUGAAGUUGGGAUCAACAAGACUGCCACUGUGGAAACCAUUGCUAAUCUAUUGCAGGAGGUUGGAUGCAAUCAUGCUCAGAGUGUUGGAUAUUCUACUGAUGGUUUUGCAACCACCCCUACGAUGAGAAAAUUGCGUCUCAUAUGGGUUACUGCUCGCAUGCACAUUGAAAUAUACAAAUACCCUGCUUGGAGUGAUGUUGUUGAGAUAGAGACAUGGUGUCAAGGAGAAGGAAGGGUUGGAACAAGGCGUGAUUUUAUAAUGAAAGACUUUGCGACCGAUCAAGUUAUUGGAAGGGCAACAAGCAAAUGGGUAAUGAUGAAUCAGGACACCAGACGACUCCAAAAGGUUUCUGAUGAUGUUCGUGAGGAGGUCUUGGUUUAUUGUCCUCGAGAGCCCAGAUUAGCAAUUCCUGAGGAGGACAGUAAUUGCCUGAAGAAAAUUCCAAAAUUGGAAGACCCUGCUCAGUAUUCCAAAGUUGGACUUGUGCCAAGAAGAGCAGAUCUGGACAUGAAUCAGCAUGUUAACAAUGUUGCCUAUAUUGGAUGGGUGCUUGAGAGCAUGCCUCAGGAAAUCAUUGAUAGCCAUGAGUUGCAGAGUAUCACCUUGGAUUAUAGACGAGAAUGCGGACAACGUGACGUAGUUGAUUCCCUCACUGGUGUGGAAAUGAUCCAGGGUGAUGCUGAGGCAGUUCCAGAACUGAAAGCAACAAAUGGAUCUGCCAUUUCAAAGGAAGCCAAGCAGCAGUUUCUGCAUCUACUUCGGUUGUCUACUAAUGGACUUGAGAUAAACCGGGGACGAACAGAAUGGAGAAAGAAAGCUCCAAGAUGAAAUCCAUCAAGUGUGCUUUUUAUCUUCCUUGUGUUGUUUCCUUAUGCAGGUUGUCUUAUCAAUUUUCCCACAAUAUUUUGCUUAGAAGUUAUUGCACUUGAUAUAGGGAGUGGAGUGCUAGAAAUUUGUUACUGUUAUCUUGUCAUGUUCACACAAAUAUAAAUUGUUGCCCAAAUCCUGUUCUUAGGAUGAAUAGAUUGACUUCAAUCUCUGAUUCAUUGGCAUCAAUUUCCAUGAAUGUCAUUGAACCUUGGAAGAAUAUAAUUCCAAGGAUAUUUAUUGUUUUUGGAUCUGCUAUCUACUGCAUGACUCCAACUAUGUGUUGUUUAAGUAAUCAUUUGAUGAUUAUUCAAUUAUCAAAUUAUCCCGUUUCAUCUUUAAAA